CAAACCGGGCCCUCGGUUGUCCGUCUGCUUCACACUCUUGUCACUCCUUUCUGUGCUUCCUUUCCUUGUAUUCGACCAUCUUUUUAUAAUUGUGCGUGUCAUUCCGAACCAUGGCCGUUGCCCUGCCAUUCAAUGCCACGAGGGUCGCCGUCGUGCUUCUCAUGGUCAUCAUCCUACUAGUCGGCUACUUCAGCAACGUAUCAAGGCCACUCUUCACCCACGAGGCCACCCCGAUCGAAUUCGUAGCCAGCUCCUACAGCUGGGCAAACCACACCCUGAAGCAUGCCAUCCCCGAGAAGGAAAUGACCCAACUGCCCGGUGGCGACCCCGUCGAGCUCCCGGCCAUCCAGCACCUGUUCUUCACGCCUCCCGAGAACGAAGACGACAUCAAGUCCCUCGAGGACAAGCGCGACGACAUCAGGCGCGCCUUCCGCCAGACGUGGACUUCGUACGAGGAGCAUGCCUGGGGUCGCGACGAACUGAAGCCCCUCAGCAUGGAGGGCCACGAUUCUCUGGGCGGUUGGGCGGCGUCCAUGAUCGAUGGGCUUGACACGCUGUGGCUCAUGGACAUGAAGCCAGAGUUUGAGCGGGCCACCAGAUACGUCGCCCAUCUCGACUGGGACAACUCCACCAGCGAGAGCUGCAACCUCUUCGAGACCAACAUUCGAUAUCUCGGCGGCCUGCUCUCCGCCUACGAGCUAAGCGGUGAGGGCGUCCUUCUCUCCAAGGCCAUCGAGAUCGGCGACCUGCUGUACGCCGCCUUCGACAACUACGAGCACAUGCCUCCGCACACCAUCAGCUUCCAGGAUCUCAAGCUCGGCAGGGGGCACCCGGCGGAGACGCAGAGCAGCGCCGGGCUGGGCAGCAUGAGCCUCGAAUUCACCCGCCUCACGCAAUUGACCGGCAACGCCAAAUACUACGACGCCAUCGCCCGCAUCUCCAAGGCCUUCGACCGGACCCAGAACUCGACCCUCAUCCCCGGCAUGUGGCCUGUGCAGAUCGACGUGCUGCACGACUUCCAGGUCAAGGACGACUCUUUCAGCCUCGGGGCGGACGGCGACUCGCUGUACGAGUAUCUGGUCAAGGAGUUUGUGCUUCUCCGGGGCCGAGAGCCCAUGUACGAAAAGAUGUACCUCGACGCCGCGGACGCCAUCCUCAAGAACUUGGCAUUCCGACCAAUGCUGCCAAACAAGGAUGACCUACUCAUGCUGGGCAAGGUCGACGUCGUUGGCGGGGACAUUGUCAAUUUGCGCCCUGUCCUCGAGCACCUAUCCUGCUUCGCGGGAGGCAUGUUCGCCAUCGGAGGCAAGGUCUUUGGGCACCAAGAGCACAUUGUCAUUGGCGACAAGCUGGCUCGCGGCUGUGCCUACGCCUACGCCGCCUUCCCCAACGGCAUCAUGCCCGAGAUUUCGACUCUCUCCGCCUGUCCUACGCUAGACCCCUGUGAAUUCCGCUCCACGUCCAUCCGAGCCACCCCCGACGGCUUCAAGUCCAAGGACAAGCGCUACAUCCUGCGCCCGGAAGCCAUCGAGAGCAUCUUCAUCCUCUACCGCAUCACGGGCAACGAGGAGUACCGAGAGAUUGCGUGGACCAUGUGGACAGCCAUCAAGAAGGCCACCAAGACGGGGCACGGCACAUUCGCCGAGGUCAAGGACGUCACCAGAGAGGAGCUGACGCACACCGAUUCCAUGGAGAGCUUCUGGAUGGCCGAGACGCUCAAGUACUUUUACCUCAUCUUCUCCGACGAAAACGUCCUUCACCUGGAUGAGUGGGUGUUCAACACGGAGGGACAUGCCUUCAGAUGGUCAAAAUAGACACUGACCCAGGAUGGGCCACGGCAGAUUCAAAGGUUAUGGCAAAGUGUACUGGUACCCGCGAAAAGACGGAAAGGCGUUUUUGGUGGCUUCGGAUAGGGCAAUGGAACGGCUGAUAUUGUGAUUUCAUGCGGGUCGGUAGUGGUAGGAAGCCUCCUGGCAGGCUUAUCUAUGUGCAAAUAAACAUAAUUGAUACCCUCUCAUGCACCAGCCGCCGCGAAUCAGCGUCACGCCGCUUCCGC